AUGCCCCCCCUCUCCCCUUCGUCCCACCUCGUCCGUCAUACAAGUGCGAGCGAGGUGAACUCAAGCGCUGCCCUCAGCCCCAACCUAAAUUUCACCGCGCCCGCCCUUGUUUCCUGCUACGCGGGACUGCGCGAAUCAAUCCGCGCCCCGAGCUUCCGGCCUGAUUGUCGCCUGUCCAACCUCCGUCGUACUGAUCGAGAGGACUGUGCCUUCGCUCCCUUCAUCGACCUCGAGGCCCGAUGGUGGCAAAAUUGGCAGCAGCUGGUAGGUGUUGGGUGA